AUGGAGCACCCAGAAUGGACUCCUGCACGCCAAUGCGAACCAAUCGCAAUCGUGGGCAUAGGAUGCCGAUUACCGGGGAAAGCCUCAUCCCCAUCCAAACUGUGGGAAUUGCUUGUCAAGAACGAGACGGGCCAUUGUGCCGUUCCAUCAGAGCGCUACAAUGCAGCGGCAUAUUAUCACACGGAUGCCGAGCGACCAGGAAGUAUCAAUUCGACCGGUGGAUACUUUAUUCAGGAGGACAUCCGCGCCUUCGAAAAUGCGUUCUUUGGGAUUAACAAUCUCGAAGCCACAUCCAUGGACGCCCAGCAAAGGAAGCUCCUCGAAGUAACCUACGAGGCGUUGGAGAAUGCCGGUGUGCCAUUGGAAACAAUACAGGGCUCAAACACCGGCGUGUAUGUCGGCAACUUCACCAACGAUUUCUUGAACAUGCAGUACAAAGACCCAGAGUACUUUUCCCGGUAUAGUGCUACGGGAUCGGGAUUGACCGUGCUGGCGAAUCGGAUUACACAUUGCCUCGAUCUACGUGGUCCGUCCCAUGUGGUUGAUACAGCUUGUUCGUCGUCCUUGUAUGCGCUGCAUUCGGCCUGUUUGGCCCUGGAUGCACGGGACUGUGACGCGGCCGUGGUGGCCGCUGCAAACCUCAUCCAGUCUCCGGAGCAGCAGAUGAUUGCCGUGAAAGCGGGGAUUUUAUCGCCUGACUCGAUAUGCCAUACCUUCGAUGAAUCAGCCAACGGAUAUGGUAGAGCGGAGGGUGUGUCCGCUGUAUAUCUGAAGCGGCUUAGUGAUGCAUUGAGAGAUGGAGAUCCCAUUCGCUCAAUUAUUCGAGGAACCUCUGUCAACGGGAAUGGACGGACACCAGGAAUUGUCCAGCCCAGUGUGGAAGGGCAAAAGGCUGUUAUUCGAGCGGCGUAUCGUCGGGCGGGUCUGGACCUGGGAGACACGGACUACGUCGAGGCGCAUGGGACCGGCACCAAGGUCGGUGAUCCUAUGGAGGUCGAGGCCAUAGCCGAUGUUUUUCGUCAUCAGACGGGACGGCCGACCCUCAUUGGAGGAAUCAAGCCGAAUGUUGGUCACAGCGAAGGAGCCAGCGGUCUUUCAAGCCUAAUCAAAGUCACCUUGGCGCUCGAAAAUGGGUUAGUCCCUGCGACGGCCGGGGUUAAAGCGAUUAACCCGAGCAUCAAGCUAAAGGAAUGGAACGUGGACAUUGUUACUGCCAAUCAACCGUGGCCGGUAUCUCAGGUCCCGCGAGCCUCGGUCAAUUCGUUUGGUUUCGGGGGCUCAAAUAGCCAUGCAAUUCUGGAAGCAGUACAGACGGACCUAUUGACCAACCGCUGUAGGGAUCCGCUGGUAGGCAAAAAUGCAGGGAGGCUCUAUCUGUUACCUCUUUCGGCUCGAUCGAAGGCAUCCCUCAAACAGAUGGCUAGUAACUUAGCUGAUUUCGUCUCCCACUCAGCUCGGCAGAUUCGAAUCGAUGAUCUAGCUUUUACGUUGAGCUGUCGUCGCUCCAAGAUGGCUACUCGUGGCUUCCUUAUUGAAUCUCAAGCAAGCCUGGAUAAGGGGCUCAAUAUGGCGACCCUGAACCUGAAAGAUUCUAACAUUGAGGGACCAUUCCCGUUGGUCUUUGUUUACACUGGACAGGGCGCACAGUGGGCUGGGAUGGGCAAACAGCUUCUGGGCCAUAGCCGUGUGUUUAGAAAGACCAUAGGCUAUCUUGACUCUUGCCUCCGAGCCCUUGAUCCAAAACAUGCGCCCGCCUGGACACUCGAGGGUGUUCUGCGAGGUGAUGAGAACUGUGAUAUAAACGCCGCUGAAAUAUCACAGCCAUUAUGUACGGCGGUGCAAAUUGCGCUGACGGACCUACUCAAAGAUUGGGGUGCUCUGCCAAAGAUGGUGACGGGCCACUCUUCCGGCGAGAUAGGAGCAGCGUAUGCGGCCGGGGCUAUUGAUGCCCGGCAAGCCAUCUUUUCGUCUUUCUUCCGCGGAAAUGCUGUCUCCGAGGACUCCACUGAGGGUUCAAUGGCUGCUGUGGGACUUGGGAAAGAUCAGACCGAGGCGAUAAUCGAGCAAUGUGGGUUGAGAGAGUCUGUUACCGUUGCUUGUACGAACUCGCCAGAGAGCACGACCGUGAGUGGAGAUACAGUUGCCGUCAAGGAGCUUCUUAAGACAUUCGAAGAAAAGGAUAUUUGGGCUCGAAAGCUAAAGACCGGAGGUAAAGCGUACCACUCGCACCAUAUGAAGAUUUUGGGGUCAAAAUAUGAGUCCUUACUCCAGCGCUACUGGGAUACAACUAAUGGCAACCACGACGCAAAUGGCGCUGUGAAUGGUCCGUCAUCAGUGGUCAUGAUUUCCAGUGUGACUGGUGGGCUGGUAAGUACAAAUCAGGUUGGGAUGCCCGCAUAUUGGCGUACAAACCUCGAAUCUCCAGUCCAAUUUGAUGAGGCGAUUAGAACUAUCCUGGUACGUGGCAGUUGCCAUCUGGUAGAACUUGGUCCGCACUCGGCUUUACAGCUCCCCAUCAAGCAGAAUGCCUCGACACUCGAACAAAGUCACUAUAUUUAUAAUCCCUCUCUCAUACGUGACCAGGAUGCUUGGUUGACUACCCUUCAGCUUGUCGGCUCACUGUUCUUGCAUGGACACGAUGAGAUUCAAUACCACAAGAUGUUUGCGGAUAGACAGACUGUCUUGGUUGAUUUGCCUCCUUAUCCCUGGGACUACAGUUCUCCCACCUUGUGGUCUGAGCCUCGCGCCAGUAUCGAGUUCCGUCAUCGCAAAUACCCCCGGCACGAUCUCCUCGGGUCCCAAGUGUCGGGAGGGAGCACCGCAGGAGUGACGUGGCGAAAUGUAUUGAGCCUCAAUGAAGAUGAAUGGCUUACGCAUCAUUGCCUGGGCCCGUCGGUGGUAUUCCCCGCCGCUGCAUAUAUUGCGAUGGCAGUCGAGGCGAUGUGCCAGGUUGCAGGUCUGCAGCUGGAAGAUUGUCCUGGUGUGGAACUUCGGGAUCUGAACUUCAUCAAAGCUCUCGACAUGGAUCCCGAGCGAAGGCCAACAGUGGAGAUUUUUACCGAGAUGCGUUCGAUGAAGAUUUCCAACACGACGAAUUCAGAUAAAUGGUGGAGAUUUGAUGUGGUCUCUGUCGACAGUGAUUCCCAGACGACGUUGCAUAUGAACGCGGCUGUCCGUCUAGCCGAAACCUCGCCACGGACAACUCGACAGAUUAAGCUUGACAGAUCUAAGAUGCAACAGGAUGCGGUCCGUGUCUGGUAUGACAAGUUCACUCAAGAAGGGCUCAACUGGGGUCCCAAGUUUGCUGUCAUGGAGGAGGUCUUCCGAGAUCGCGCACGCACGGCGCACGUAGCAGCAGCCACUACACAUCUCCAGCGGGGAAAAAUGUUUGGUCAAUACAUUGCACAUCCAAUUUCCAUAGAUGCAAUGCUACAAACGGCUUUCAUUGCGACUACUAGUGGCUGGGUAAGUAAGCUCCGGGCCACCGUCCCUGUUGCGAUGGACUCGGUUUACAUCUCCCCUCCGUCGGCUCUCGACAUGAACACCGACAAGCCAUGGUGCAUUGACACGCAGUCGGAGAGUGUAGGAUUUGGAACGGUGAAAAUCAAUGCAGAGCUAUACAAUUCGUCUGGUCAGGUCUUGAUCAGGAUGGGUCAGGCUCGUUGUAUUGCCUACCAAGGGAACAGACAGACGGAAACCACCGAGCAACGCAAUCCUCUCAUGAGAGCUACAUGGAAGCCGGAUCUCUCUGCGCUAACAAGCUUAGGUCUUGAUGAGUAUCUGAACUGGUUUGGACAGAACUAUGGCUCCAAGGAAUUGGCUGAUGAGGACAUGUUGCCCUUGAUUGGUGCCCUAGAUUUGGCCUGUCACCAGCGGUGUAAUAGCAAUAUUCUCGAACUUGGUCACCAAACCCGGAUAGCGGAGAUUAUUCGUGGGCUCUUACGUGUCGACUCCUCUUUCCAAAGGUAUAACACUUAUUGUCGAGGAGUCUUUGCAGACAAUGAUCUAGUUGGUGGGGAGGUUUUCUCGGAGACUGCAGAUGAGCAGAAACCAGAGCUCCCAGCCGGGAUUCCACAGGAAAGGAAGUUUGAUAUAGUUAUCGUCCCUUCAGUUGAUCUCUGGACGCCGGCCAUUUCCAGCUGGCUCACAUCAGGAGCAACUGUGAUCAUGAUUGGGAAUGCACUCAGUGAUGAUGUCAGUUGGACGAAGGUCAUUAAAGGAGGUGGUUCGUUUCCUGUAACAGUUGCGACUAUGGGGGGCCUGGCUAGCAAGGGGAAGGUCGACAAACCCCCGACAAUCGUGGUGACCCGAGAUCACAACAUAACACGUCUAGAUUUACAUCUCCAAAGGGUCUUACAAGAACAUUUAGGAUCCGUAGUCAAUAUUGUUGGUUUGUCCCAGGUCACCAUCGAGACCGUUCCGGACCGAUCGUUUGUCAUAUCUACCCUAGAACAGCAGCAGCCUCUUCUAAGCAGGAUUGAGGAGGGUGAAAUGGCACAGGUGAAAAGUAUUACCGAUCGUGUAGCCAUGAUUUUAUGGGUCGUCAAUGGUGGCUUCGUGGAGGGAGAAAACCCCGACUUUGCGCCAGUUCUGGGACUCUCCCGUGCGCUUAUGCUCGAACAGCCUUCCCUUCAAUUUGCGGUUCUAGAUUUGGACGAUAAAUCAGCAUCAUCUCCCGACACACUGUACAGCAUCGUCAGUGUUUUGGACCGACUGAUCCAUGAACCGGAGCCGGACCUUGAAUUCGCGCAACGAGAUGGCGUCCUUCAUAUCUCUCGCUGGGAACCGGACGAGCGUCUCAACGAAACCUUCCGUCUCAAGCAAAAUAAGAAAACCAUUGAGCUUCCUCUAGCAACUUCCGGGCGUUGCGAAUUAGGUAUCAAGGACCCGGGACAAAUGGACACGAUCCAUUUUGUGCAGAAGGAGUAUCCAACCGCGUUACACCCAGAUGAUGUGGAAAUCGGCGUGAAGAGUGUAGGCAUGAACGCAAAGGAUCUGUAUGCCAUAAGCGCCAAAGUGGACACCAAGGAUGCAUCAUGCUCGUGUGAAUGCGCCGGUGUUAUUACUGCUGUGGGAGAGAGCGUUUCCGAGUUUAAGGCUGGUGAUCGUGUAGUUGCAAUGGCCCCCGGCCAUUUCGCAACUGUCGAGCGCUUCCCACAUUGGGCAGUGUGUAAACUGAGCGACGAGGAGGACUUUACGACGGCCUCCACUAUUCCGAUUGUGUUUUCGACGGUUAUUUAUGGACUGAAGCACCGGGCGAAUCUGCAACCAGGGGAGACCGUCCUCAUUCAUUCCGCUGCCGGGGGCGUUGGGAUUGCGGCAAUCCAAUACGCGAAGCAUCUCGGGGCAAAGGUCAUCUUUGCCACAGUCGGAAACGAAUCUAAAAAGUUAUUCCUCAUCGAGAAGUAUGAUCUGGAUCCAGCGCACAUUUUUAGCUCGCGCGAUUCAUCCUUCCUCCCUGCCAUUAUGAAAGCCACUUCUGGUCAGGGAGUUGACGUGGUUCUGAACUCUCUUACCGGUGAUCUUCUGCGCAGCAGCUUUGAAGCAUGUGCCGACUUUGGCCGCUUCAUAGAGAUUGGGAAACGUGACAUCCUUGAUCAUGGUGUUCUGGAUAUGUCCACGUUUGGUCGCAAUGUCUCCUUCAUGGCAUUUGACCUGUCUAAUCUCUAUCACUCUAACAAGAAAUCCUACCAUCAACUCUGGAAAGCCCUGCUUACAGAGAGUCUGGAUCUAGUGAGAUCCAAGAUCUGUGGGCCGUGUUUCCCAAUCAAGACAUUCGACUCGUCAGAUAUUACCGAUGCUUUCAGGCACUUCUCCCUAGGCACGCGAAUGGGCAAAGUGACCGUAUCGUUCCAGGAUCCGAACAUCAAAAUAAGGGUGAUCCCGACGAAGUAUGAAACUGCCUUUAGUGCCCAAAAGUGCUACCUCAUGGUCGGGUGCCUGGGCGGGCUAGGUCGCAGUCUGUCUAAGUGGAUGAUAUCUUGCGGUGCUCGACGAUUCAUCUUUCUAGGUCGAUCCGGUGCCGAUAGGCCUCAGGCAAAGGAAAUAGUCGAUGAUCUACGAGCCCAAGGAGCCCACGUCACAGUGAUCCGGGGGGAUGUUUGCCGGUACGAGGAUGUCGAACGAGCGCUGGAAGCCGCGGAUUGUCCCAUUGGUGGCGUGAUCCAGGCGGCCAUGGCACUCAGCGAGGCCCUCUGGAGUGAUAUGCCGCACAGCGCAUGGCACACUACCAUCGGCCCUAAGGUUCAGGGCACUUGGAAUCUUCACAAUGCGUUGAGCCAGGGUCGAGACGCCCAGCUGGACUUUUUCGUCAUGACCUCGUCCAUCUCUGGGACCGUGGGCACAGCGACUGAAAGCAACUACUGCGCUGCCAACUCCUUCUUGGACGCUUUCGCCCGUUAUCGCAACCGUCUCGGGCUGCCGGCCAUCUCCAUUGGCUACGGGAUGAUUUCGGAAGUGGGAUAUUUGCACGAGCACCCCGACAUCGAGGCCCUCAUGAAGCGCAAAGGGAUCCACCCCAUCAACGAAGACGAACUGAUCCAGAUCAUGAACAUGGCCCUUGUAAACCAAAUACCAUCUACGUGGGACUCUCGGUACGAUCAUCUGGCGGGCAGCCACCUUCUCACCGGGGUGGAAUUCAUUGGUCUCCAGGGGCAACGGGAACGGGGAUUCGAGGGAGACAAUCAUGUCUUUGCCGAUCCUCGAGCUGCAUUGUUCACUGCGUCCUUUUCUCGCUGCGCCGCGGGCGAGCGCGAGACGCAUAGCGCAGCGGCGCAUCUCCCUGGGGAGAUCGCACGAGCGCUGCGCGACAACCAAGAUACAGAAUAUAUCCUUGAUACACUUCGGGGUGUUGUAUCGAAGAAGCUCUCCAAUCUUAUCCUUCUGCCGGAGAGUGAGCUGGAAGCAGAUCGGCCUCUGGGCGACUUCGGCUUGGAUUCUAUGCUGGCUGCCGAGUUUCGAACGUUUAUUUUCCGCACAUUCGAGGUCGACGUACCCUUCAUUGUGCUCUUGAAAAGGAGUACGACUGUGAAUCUUCUAACCGGACUCAUUGCCCAAGGCCUGCAAAUGAGUACUUAG